UCGCUUCACACAUUAGAUAAUACAAUUUGUUUCCAAUGAAAUUUUAGCAACAACACAAAUACAUAUUUACAGCUACACAUAUACACAUUUACAACUAUGCCUGGCUAUGAUGGAGCCGUGACGAUCUACUCGCCCGAUGGGCACUUGCUGCAGGUGGAGUACGCUCAGGAGGCGGUGCGCAAGGGCUCUACAGUGGUGGGCUUGCGCACCAAAGACGCCAUUGUGCUGGGCGUCGAGAGGAAGGCGGUGGAUGCGCUGCAAGUGGAGCGAACGGCGCGUAAAAUUCGCAAGCUGGACGAUCAUCUGGUAGUGACAUUCGCCGGGCUGACAGCCGACGCACGCAUCCUGCUGAACCGCGCCCAGAGCGAGGCACAGAGCCAUCGCCUCAACUUUGAGCAGCCCGCCACGGUGGAGUACAUAACACGAUAUCUCGCCAAAUUGAAGCAGAGCUAUACACAAAGCAAUGGCAGGCGUCCGUUCGGCGUCUCCUGUCUGAUAGGCGGCUUUGAUGCGGACGGCAAGCCGCGUUUGUUCCAGACGGAGCCCUCUGGCAUCUACUACGAGUGGUCGGCCAAUACCACCGGGCGGCUGGGCAAGCCGAUGCGUGACUAUUUGGAGGUGAAUGCGCCGGCGAUGAGCAGCUCGCCGGACGAUGCCACCGCCAUCAAGCAUGUGGUGCGUGCCCUGCACAUUGCCACGGCGCUGAAUGCCAGCUUCUAUGAGGUGGCGGUGCUCAAGCAUCAGCAGCCCCUGCACAUGGUCAGCCCCACAAUGGUGGCCCAUCUGGUGCAGGUCAUCAAGCAGGAGCUGGCCGACGAGGAGGCCAAACUGAAGAAGGCUCUGAACACCAAAAAGUAAAAUUU